CUGUUUUGUGGUUUCGAUAAUUUUUGUGUGCUAAUUUUUAUUUUUCUUAUUUUCAGAGAUGUAGCUGUAGGUGAUAUUGUAACAGUUGGUGAAUGUCGACCACUGUCCAAAACGGUCCGAUACAAUGUUCUGAAAAUUGGAGUUGUCGUAAUGGCGUCAAGUAGUGCCACAGAAAACAGAAAGAUGAUGCGCCGUUUGGCAUCCAGCCGUUUGGAGGAUAUUCGUGAUAAUUUCAAUGAGGAACUUGAAGAAAUGCCAAAGAAAAGGUCACGACUGGAUGAUGACAAGUUAUCCGACGAUAGCGGAGAUGAGGAUGGAUCCAGUGAAGUUACAACUACUGUAAAGGUAUGGAUAUUCGGGGAUUUUAAACUGCAGUCACCUGGGUUUUGUUCGGUGCAAUUUUCUGGAUUGUGAAG